CGCAGGACAACAGUUGCUCUACGAAGCCCAUACAAUAUGAAGGUCCUGCUGAUCGUCGCCUUGGCUCUGGUCGCCCUGACCGCCGCUCGACCCUCCGACGUGAUCGACAUCGAGCAGGACCACAUGGAGCACGAGCAGGAGGGCGUCCCAGGAACGGCCGUGGAGGGCGAGUACUCGUGGGUAGCGCCCGACGGGAACGAAUACGUCGUCAAGUACGUCGCCGACCGAAACGGGUACCGCGUGGUCGACGACAACGUCCUUCCGGAAUUCCGUGACGCCAAGCCCACCGGCGAGGCAGAGGAGGCUGACGACGAGUAGUGCCACCAUUCUGUUGCUAAAAUAUUUAUCUCUUAUACACUUUUGGGCUGUGGUGAAAAGAUGACCAUGGGGGAAACUUUCUUCUAAUAAAUAU